CUGUCUGUUUUCUCCGUCGCCGCGUUCUCCGACGUUCUUUCUCACUUUCGACUCUCAAUCCGGCUUCCCUGGUUUGACGGUAGUAUCCUUCACUCCAGUAUCUCCCUCCCCUUACCUACUGCCUCUCUCCGCUGGCCAUUGCAUCAACGAUGGAUUUGGACUCUGAACAAGCCACCGAUUCCCAAGCUCCGAUUCCAAACUCGCUACCACACGACUCGUCGAACUAUCAUUAAUAGCCUCAGCAUAUAUGUGGAUAGCAUGGAUCGCAUGAGACAUAGUUAAGGAACAAAUGGCUUUUAUUGCCAUUUGGAGAAAGGGUCUCCUUAAAAGAUGCUUGUACUAGCUAGGGUUUCUCACAACAACAACAAUAAUGAUGAUGAUGAGGAGGAGGUAUGAAACAAAGAUCUCUACCACCACUUGGAAUUGUAAUUUUGACGUUUGCAUUUGUUGGUAUUUGUUAGAGGUUUCAUAAAAAAAAAGAAGGGCUAUCUAACCAAUUGAUGAUUGUCAACCCCUUUUCAUCUACCCUUCAUAGUUCAUAUGUGUAUUCACUACUUCAC